AAGCGCCGGUCAGGUGGCGCUGCUGGGCGGGCCAACAGACUGCGGGGCGGACGGUGGACGCGGUGAAGCUCAGGUCCCACCGAUCCGACCCCCGCCGUCUUCUGCUGCCAUGACGGGGCUGGCGCUGCUCUACAGCGGCAUCUUUGUGGCCUUCUGGGCCUGCAUGAUCGUCGUGGGAAUCUGCUUCACCAUUUUUGACCUGGGCUUCCGCUUUGAUGUGGCAUGGUUCCUGACCGAAACUUCCCCCUUCAUGUGGUCGAAUCUUGGCAUUGGCCUAGCAAUCUCUCUGUCCGUGGUUGGAGCAGCCUGGGGCAUCUAUAUUACUGGCUCUUCCAUUAUUGGUGGUGGAGUGAAGGCCCCCAGAAUCAAGACCAAGAACUUAGUUAGCAUCAUCUUCUGUGAAGCUGUGGCCAUCUACGGCAUCAUCAUGGCAAUUGUCAUUAGCAACAUGGCUGAGCCUUUCACUGCUACUGAUCCCAAGGCCAUUGGCCAUCGAAACUAUCAUGCAGGCUACUCCAUGUUCGGGGCUGGCCUCACAGUCGGACUGUCCAACCUGUUCUGUGGAAUCUGCGUGGGCAUCGUGGGCAGUGGGGCCGCCCUGGCUGAUGCACAGAACCCCAGCCUCUUUGUGAAAAUUCUCAUCGUGGAGAUCUUUGGCAGUGCCAUUGGCCUCUUUGGGGUUAUCGUCGCAAUCCUUCAGACCUCCAGAGUGAAGAUGGGUGAUUAGAUGAUCCGUGUGGGUGGGGCCGUGCCCCACUGUUAUUUAUUGCUGGUUUUCCUGGGACAGCUGGAGCUGUGUCCCUUAGCCUUUCCGGGGCUUGGUGUUCAGGGCCCUCCUGCACUCACCUCUUGCUGCCUGUUGACUCUGGAGGCAUUGCAGUCCAGACUGAACCCCAGUGUGGGGAGUGGGCUGCUGACGGUGACUGUGUACAGCUGUGUACCUGUGCCCCUCACCCCUUCCCCUAUCCAGCCCAUCUUCCCAGUGUUCAUGAAAUAAACUUGGUGUUUGUCCCGGUCA